UAAAACUGCAAAGGAAAAACAACAAGAAAAAUGGGCGUAUUUCAAACCUUCUUCCAGUCGCAUCAGCAGCAACAACAACAACAACAGCAACCUGCUACUACUGCAGUGAAGCAGUCAUCGUCACCUCCUACUUCACCGCUGUCUCCAUCGUAUAGCAAUACCAACAUGGCAGAGCCUACCGAUAUCCUUCAGCAACAGCACCAGGAACAACAGCGGGGCCGGCAACAGCAUCAGCAACAAAGCGGUCUUGCGGGAGAUCGCUUUGUGGUGCAUGCAGACAACAGCCACAGCCAUCAUUUGACAAGUCCCACGCCAAGCAAACUCACGUCGUCGCUCAACGGCAUCGUGGACGGCUGGCGCGGGCUCUUGUGGGGCGAGGGCAAGAUGUCACCCGACGCGCUCCAGGAAGAGCGGGAUGCAGUCGACACGACGCUGAAACGUGCGCCCUCCAAAAUUUAUUUGACCCAAAAAUGGGGAAAUUGUCAGGAAAUUAUCGGCAGGGGAGCCUAUGGAAAGAUUAGAGUCAUUCACAGAGACGCCACGUUCUAUGCUGUCAAGGAAUUUAGGAAAAAGAGUGGAGAGCAGACCAGACGGUUCGUCCAGCGACUUACGAGCGAAUACAAAAUCGCGUCGUCACUAGACCACAAACACGUCAUACAAACGUUUGAUCUGCUCCCACUGAGUGAAACAUCUCCGGUCUACUGUCAGGUGAUGGAGUAUUGCGACGGCGGCGAUCUGUUUGCUCUGAUCUUUGAAGCCGCGGAUGGCCUGAUAUCCGCAGAAGCCAACUGCUUCUUCAAGCAGCUCAUCCAAGGCAUCGACUAUCUCCACAGCAACAACAUUGCGCACCGCGACCUCAAGCCGGAGAACCUGCUGCUGACUUCAACCGGCUGCUUGAAGAUCUCAGACUUUGACACGUCCACAAAGAUCGUCCACAAGGACGACAACGGCGACCCAGUCCAGCAUCAUCAACAGCAGGCCGGGCUGGUCGGAUCUGAGCCGUACAUUGCGCCCGAACAGUUUGAGCCGUACGAGUACGACGCGCCGCCAGCGGAUAUGUGGAGCUGUGGCAUUAUCUACAUGGGGAUGCGCACGGGCAACCAAAUGUGGCAAGUGGCUAAACAGGGCGAUGACGAAGAUUAUGACCGGUACAUCAAAUUCCGCCAGCUCAUUGACGGGGAGCGGCAAAAGUUCCGGCGCGAGCGGGCGAGUCUGCGACGCAGCUCAGAAGAUCGAGAGGCAGAGAUGGCGCGAGCACGAGAAACGAUCAAACGACGGGCAAAGGAGGAUGGAUGUGAUGUGUUUCAGGGCCUGGAGAUGGGACCGAAACGGCUCAUGUACCGCAUCCUGGACCCGAAUCCCAGCAAAAGACCGACGGCUCAAGAGGUCUUGCGUGCGAAUGAGUGGAUGGCCAGUGUCCCUACGUGUCAAUCAUAGAAUAAUUCCGCUUUAUACCUAUUAUUACUACUAUUACUAUUACUAC